GGAGGCGCUGUUGACAUUGAUGGACGAAAGAUGAUUAUUGAAAAACAAGUGUGCUAGUAUAUAGUUAAAAAAUCUAUAUUUCGAAAAAAUAAAAGCUUUUAAAACAAUUCUUGCACACUAUUGAACUGUACAGUGAUAUAUGUGGAGGAUACUGAUUUGGAGGAUAAAAUCAUUGGAUCCAUGAUGCCCAGACAUCCUAGUGGUGACUCCAUCCCCUCUACACCCCGCAAAGUCCCUCUUAAUGGAUAAGCUAGUGAUGUGUGUGUCCAACCAAACAGAGUGAACAUAAUAUGGCGUUGUUCAAAGGGAUUAAGAAUUUACCCCGGAAACAUUCUGUCGAGAAAAUGGAUUUACCCAAACGCAGAACCCGAUCGGAUGGACAGGAUACACUAGAGCACAGUGACCAUGCCUUCAAUAUGCAUCCAUCCGUGUCCUCACCUACAUUUGCCUUCGGACAAAACAGGGCCAAUUCUGAGUCCAAGCUCUUUUCCCCGACUGGGACCCCAGACAAAAACAGUGCCAAGCUCUCCAAGAGGGAAUCAUUAAAGGUUCAGAAGAAGAAUUACAGGAGUCAAAAGAAGCAGGCGGCCAAGGAGCUGCAGAGCACGUUAACCGAUUCCUCGGUCGUGGUGCUGGCCGACUGGCUGAAGGUCAGAGGCACGCUCAAAAGUUGGACCAAGCUGUGGUGCGUGCUGAAGCCUGGAUUACUGGUACUGUACAAAAGUGAGAAACAAAAGAGCAGUCACUGGGUUGGCACUGUCUUGUUAAACACCUGUAGAAUUAUUGAGAGACCAUCCAAAAAAGAUGGCUUCUGCUUCAAAUUAUUUCAUCCACUGGACCAGUCCAUAUGGGCUACCAAGGGACCAAAAGGAGAGACAAUCGGGGCAAUUGUACAACCCCUGCCAUAUUCCUAUCUUAUCUUUAGAGCUAUGUCAGAAUCAGCAGGGAAGUGCUGGAUGGAUGCCCUUGACCUUGCCCUUCGCUGUACCAGUCUCUUGGUACGCUCCAUGAAGAAGGACGCUGAGUCCACACAUUCAGCGGCGGGGCUCCCCCAGGAGGCCAUGUUAACCCCCCCAUUUCCUGCCGACCACAGUGAACAAUUAAAUGAGAGCGAUUGUGAAAAACAUUUUGAAGGUCAGGGUCUGGAUGAGGAUAGUAAGACCGACAGAGAGGAGAUGAAGACAGACACGGAGACAGAAUCCGAGGAAGACGACGUCAAAGUGUUUGAUGACAAUGUACCUCCUGUAGAAACCAAGUAUAUAGAGAACGCUAAGGAGGAGCUAGGACAGCAAGGUGAUUCCUGUCAAACGGAAGAAGUUGAUGAUGAAAACAAAAGUCUGAUAUGGACACUGGUCAAACAGGUACGACCAGGGAUGGAUUUAUCUAAGGUGGUCCUCCCUACGUUUAUAUUGGAGCCUCGGUCAUUCCUGGAUAAACUGACUGAUUAUUACUACCACUCCGACAUUUUAUCUGAAGCUGUGUUAUUAGAUGAUCCAUAUGCCAGAUUAAAGGCUGUGGUUAGAUGGUAUCUCUCAGGAUUUUACAAAAAACCAAAGGGUCUCAAAAAACCAUAUAAUCCAAUAAUUGGUGAAACAUUUAGGUGUUACUGGAAACACCCAAAAACUAAUAGUAGGACUUUUUAUUUAGCUGAACAAAUCUCCCAUCACCCUCCCGUAUCGGCCUUUCAUAUAACAAAUCGUCAUGAUGGAUUUAAUAUUAGUGGCAGCAUUCUGGCUAAAUCAAAAUUCUAUGGUAAUUCCUUAUCAGCUAUAUUAGAUGGUACAGCCAAGUUAACAUUCCUUAAGAGGGGAGAAGACUACUUAAUAACCAUGCCUUAUGCACAUUGUAAAGGUAUCUUAAUAGGGACAUUGACAAUGGAGAUGGGUGGUAAAGUUUCCAUUAGCUGUCCAAAGACAAGUUAUAGAGCAGAGGUGGAAUUCAAAUUAAAGCCUUUCCUAAACAUGGGUGAAGCCUCUAACAAGUUGACUGGGAAAUUAAAGGUUGGAUCUGACACACUGGCCACUCUGGAGGGGCACUGGGACCAGGAUAUCUACAUCAAGGACAAGGCGACAGGGGAAACCCAUUUGUUUUGGAGUCCAACAGCAGAAACAAAAGCUCAGAGGCUAAAAAGAUACACAGUACCUAUAGAUCACCAAGAGGAUAUGGAAUCAGAGAGGUUGUGGAAAAAUGUGAGUGACGCAGUUGUUGCUUCAGACAUGCAUGCAGCCACUCAGGAGAAAUAUAUACUGGAGGAGAGGCAGAGAAAUGAGGCAAAGGAAAGGAAAGCCAAGAUGCUGGAGUGGGUACCCAGGCUGUUUGAGAGGGACCCCCUCACUGGGGAUUGGAUGUAUAAGUUUGUCGACAUGCGACCAUGGGAUCCUAGCAAUGAUUUACUACAGUAUGAACAAGGCUAUAAAAUCCAGACCUGGACUAAACACAAGACUCCAGUGGUGCGGACCUGCAGUAUUACUAGUCUGGAUCAGAAGCCAGAUGUGUUUCCAGUCAGACAAAUGAUUUCCCGGAACUGUUCACUGAAGAAGAAGACGCUACAGGCCCUGGAGGAGAGCGAGAGUUCUACUCCGGAGAUCGAGAAUGGCAGGCUAGACAGUGAUUCAUCCGAGCCUAAUAAAAGUCGAAGAGUACAGAAGUCCUCCUCCAGAGCGAGGCUGUCGGAGGAAUCACUCACGAAAGCAAUGCAGCCAUUACUGAAACUACAGGAGGAGACAAAUCAAUCCUUAAAAGUGAUACAAACUCGUCUAACUUUAUUAACUUCUCGCAUUGAAGAGCAGCAACAAGGGACCUUAUCCACUUGGCCUUGGCUGAUUUUAUUUGCAGCAUUUGUGAUUCAGAUAUUUGUUCAGUGGCUCUUCAGAUGAAGGCAAAUGCCCGGUUAUGGAUUAAUGUCGAUUGUUCCUGUGUGUUCUUGCUUUGCCAGUAAUUUUCUGUUAUGUUUUUACAUUUUAUGUUUUAUCUGCUGAUGGAAGAUCUGAGUUUUUAAAAGACGAUGAAAUAGUUUAAUAUGCUAUUGUGAUUUCUUAAAAUUUGGAACAAUACACUCCAUGAAAUGUGUAUUAAAUCUACUGGUUAUAAUUCUGAAGAAGAUAAAUACAUGCUUCUCUAUUGUUACGUCAUAAUACCAUGCUCAUGAUACUUGAUGUUAAAACUAAAGUGCAAACCAUUUUGGUUGCAAACUGUUUUUGUUUCGAAAAUUAAUAUGAGUAGCAUAAUUUCUGGUAACUCAUCAGAUAAAUAAUGUAAAUAUAAGGUAUAAAUUGGAUUUUUUGAAAAUUAAUAAUAAGGUACAUGAACUACAACACUCUAUGUCAGGAUAUUUAAAAUGAGGCACAUACAAAAACUUUAUUUAAAAUAUGCCAGUAUGAAGCAUUGAAGU